CAGUUGGUUUGGUUUUUUCAAUUUCUUUUCUUAAUUUGUUAAGAUCAUUUUCGUCUCUAAUUAUAACCUUCUGUAUCAUUAAUUGUUUGUUCUGUUUAAUCUAAUUGUCUUUGUAAAGAUCAAUCAAAAUGUCGGCUGGCUUAAUGCCUUUGAAUCCUAAACCAUUUCUAAAUGGUUUAACUGGAAAACCUGUUGUUGUCAAGCUAAAAUGGGGCAUGGAGUACAAAGGAUAUCUUGUCAGUACCGAUAAUUACAUGAAUCUUCAGCUGGCUAACACUGAAGAAUAUGUUGGUGGUAAUUUCGUCGGUAAUAUUGGUGAAAUUUUAGUUCGAUGUAACAAUGUUUUAUAUAUCAAGGGAGUUGAAGACGAAGAGGAAGAUGGAGAGAUGAGGGAAUAGCCUAUUGCUCACUUCAAGUGCUAAAACAACAACAAGUAAAAGGAACCAAAGUGAAAACAAACAACAUGAACCAAUUUUUUUACGAACAAAAUUUCCAAUCUAUCAAAUUCUCAACUUAAUGUGUACAUCUCAUCAUAUUGAGAUAUGUAUUCAUCCAACUUGUAAUAAACCAUUUUACAAGUUACACAGAA